UUAAUUGAGCAAGGGGCUAAUGUUAAUGUGUCGGUCUUUUCGAGGGAACUUCCAUGCACAGCCCUAACAUUGGCAGUACGGAAAGGUUUAAGUGACAUUGUCAGAAUCCUCAUCCAAUCAGGUGCUAGAUUUUCUUGUGACGGCGGCUGGGACGCUGUCGUUAUGGCCCAUUCCCAUGGGUUUCUUGACGGUGUUAUUGAAGGUUACAGCAAAUCUAAAACUAUCGCUUCGAUAUUUGAUACAGGUUAUUUUCAUUAUGUUUCACCUCUCGUUUUGUCUCUGAGAAAUUCAAAUUUCGAUAUCUUCAAAGAUCUACUUGCAAGGGGUUUCCAUGUUUGUCUUCGUGAUUUUAAGGAUUCCGAUUUUACAAAUACUGAUUUUAUUGUGCAUCUUAUCAAUUGUCUUCAUGAUAAUAUUAAUAUAACAAACGAUUCAGAAGAGACGUUGUUGAUAAUAGCCGUAAGGUUAAAACACGAUGAGAUCGUGAAAUGUUUACUGGGCACAAAGAUUGAUAUUAAUGCCUCAGAUAAAGAAAAAAACACGGCUUUACAUAUUGCUUCCAAAGACCAACCAGAAAUUGCUAAACUGCUGCUAAAAUAUGGAGCGGACCCACGGGCUUUGAACAAAAAGGAAAAAUCGUGUUUCUCUAUUGCGCUGGAUAAUAAUUUGAAUGAAAAAUACCUGCAAUACUUUAUCAAGGCGGGAGCAUCCGUCGAUGAAGUGGACACGAACGGAUGUUCAAUACUUUCAAGACAUGUUGAAGCUUGCAAUGUUUCGAUCAUUAAAUUCCUUUUGAAAUCGAAAGCAAAUGUCAACUGUGUUGAUAAUAAAGGCGAGAGUCCUUUGAUGAAGGCGAUAUUGUCAAAUAAUCCUUCAAUAGCUGGUCUUUUAAUCGACAACGGUGCUGAUGUUAAUGCCUGUUGUGGGACACGCAAUCAAACAGUUUUAAGACUUGCUGUGGAGAUGAACAGUGUUGAAAUAGUAAACAAUUUGUUGAGAAGUGGUUGUAAGAUGGAAACUUGCCAUAAACAAACAUUGGAGUCUGAGGAGGAUUAUUAUAACAGUUAUUAUGAGGAUAAUUUACCUCUUCUUAUGGUUGCAAUCGAUCAUGGUAAUUCUGCAUUAAUUAAACUACUUCUAGAGGCCGGAGCCGAUGUCAACUACAGUGACGACGAUUUAGAGCCAGCUUUAAUACGAGCGGUAUCUAUCGAACAUAUUGAUUCAUUUUGCAAUGCGAAGAACAAUUCAAAUAGAAAAAGACUAACAAAUGUUAACCCACUUUAUGAACCCUUCUUUGUUGCUAAUAACAUUUGCAAUUGUAGAAGUGAAAACACACACAAAAUACUGGCUGAAAUGAUUGAUGCAUUGUUACAGCAUGGUGCUAACGUUAACUCAGUAGAUUUCUCUGAAAGCACAGCACUUCAUAUUGCUGUAGAAAAGGAUAACAAAGACGCAAUUUCUGUAUUACUGCGCCAUUCUGCCGCGGUUGACGUGAGAAACAGUCAAGGUAGAACAGCGUUAAUGUUAGCUGCUCGGCUGAAAUUAGAAACGAUUGUAUCGUUGUUACUUGAGGCAAAGUCCUCUCUCACAGUCACGGACUUUAGUGAAAGAACAGCUUUAAUGAUUGCCGUGGAGUCUGGUGCAGAGAAUAUUGUUGCAUUGUUAUUGAAUGCAGGGGCCGAUGUUUGGGCAGUAGACGAUUGCAGUUACACAUCACUACACAUAGCAGCAGAGUUUCCAAACACAAAUAUCAUGAGAAUGAUACUUGAUUAUUGUAAUAGAUCUCAAAAGAAUACCAAACACAUAGAUUUAUUUUUUCCUAAAACUAAAUUGAAUGAUAAUCCUCAAAAUCAUUUAGUAGCGGAAAAAAUUACAGUUCAAGAUACACGAGUAAAUACAUUUGCUCAAAAGAAAAAUAAUUUUGACGAAACGGCUUUCAUUAUAGCUUGUCGAUACAAUCAAGUUGACAACAUGAGAUUAUUACUAAAUUUUGGGACUGAUAUAAAUGAAAUAAAUAGAUAUGGCGAUACACCGUUACUAUCAGCUUUAGAUUAUAUGUCGGAAGAUGCAGUAGAGAUUUUACUAGAAAAUAGCGCUGAUUUAACUAAAAUAAAUAAUAAAGGAAUGUCUGCCUUACACUAUGCUGCUAAAUGCAAAAGCACAUCGAUUUUUUAUCGAAUUUUGAUGUCCGGGCUAGAUGUGAAUAAACAAUCAGACAUAGGCGAAACACCGUUAUUUUUUUGCAACAAAAAGGAAUAUUCACAACAACUGAUAGAUGGUGGUGCAAACGUCCAUCACAAAAACAAAGAAGGUAUGACGGCGUUACACUACGCUGUUAGAAAAAACAAUAUGGAGGUUGUCAAAUUAUUAUUACAUUACGGAAUAGAGGUAAAUAUCAUUUCACAAAGAAGAGAAACGCCUUUGUUCAUUGCUGUAACAAAUAAAAAUUUUGAGAUGGCUGAACUUUUAGUAACAUCUGGAGCAGAUGUUAAUAUUAAAGGUUUAGAUGGCAAUACACCGUUGUUAUAUUCAGCCAAGUUUCCAGUUUCAAAAUCAAAUCCACCCACGUCUAUGAGCUGUACAAAAUACAAAAAAGAAAUAUUUAAGCUGCUGAUAUCGAAUGGGGCGUCUAUAAACGAACAAAAUAAUGAUGGAGAAACGGCUCUAAUGCUGUCCUUGGGUCGUAAUGACAAGUUCUGGUUUGAAAAGCUAAUACAACUUAGACCAAACCUAGAUUUAACCGACUGUGAAAAUAGAUCGGUUUUAAUACGCGCCUUAGAAAUCGACACAAAUUAUAAGAAACCGUCAUAUAUUAAAACAUUUUUAAACAUGGGGAUAAACCCUGUUGUUAAUGAAUCACACAGAGAGAGUGUUUUGAAUACGUGUUACUUUUGCAACAAACCGAACAAAUAUUCCUAUUGUAUUUAUAAUUUAAUUAAAAGCAAAAAGAAUGAGUUUCUGAGAUUUUUUUUCUGCAAUGGGGCUGUACCUGUGGCAUCAUCGAAAAACCAGGAUGAUGUUUCUUUUAUUAGUCUCGCCAUAAGUGAAAGAAACUACGAUUGUAUAAAAUAUUUUUUCGCCAUUGGGUUUAUAAAUAAUGCCGAUCUGGUUUUUAUCAAUAAGUUAUAUCCAAGAACAACAUCAUCUUAUAGUUCAAACCUUAACAAUAACGAAAUACAUGCAAUAUUAGAACUGGCAUCCCAACAGCCGUGGCCGCUAGUUAAGCUAGCAUUUAUUGCCGUGUCUACUUUAUUGGGGUAUGGCCCAGAGAGGGAAGUCAAACUACAGGAAACUAAACUUCCACCAGCAUUAAAGCGGAUGUUAAUGUUCCAAGUAAAAGCAUCGACAUUACCGGUUGCCGAGUGGGGCAAUAUACCUCUAUGUUUUGAUCCAGAUCAGUAUGAAAAACUACCUAAUCCACGGCCUUUGAUCCAUUAUUGGCCCAUUGGUCAAAAACUUUGUUAAUCAUUGUAUUUGCUUACAUGACUUAUUAAUAUACUGUAAAAUCAGAAUAUUUCUUUCUGUAGACUUGAGCUGAAUACUUAAUAUGUUUUAUUUUAGAUUUAGCAGUUUUUGUUUUUUAAAUUAUUGUUUGUACUGACAUCAGGAUAUUACUUAAUCGGUAGCUUUGAAUUGCAUACUUAAUUAGGUUUUAUUCUAUAUGUAUCUGGUUGUGAUAAAUUAAAUUUUGAAAUAUAACCAGAAUAUUACUAUUUAUAUAUCAUUAAAUUGUAU